AUGUCUGCCGUCCAGAAGCCCACACGACCGCGCCGCUUCGGGACAGCCAUGCGCUUCACACGCAUCCGUGCACAUCUCGCCGACGCGCCAUACCUCAUGUCCGGCCUCGACUACCGAGGUCGCCCCAAGGAGCCGCUGCCCCCGGAUCCCGCCCCCCUCACGUUCUUCGACGUCUGUCAGCAGCUAGGGCCGGACUUUUUCGCUCGACGCGCCAGCCAGGCGCUGGCAACCAGGUAUGGUUUCAAUACCGCAAUGCUCAGGAACGUACCCCAGGGCACGAGUUUGCGUGGCCCCAAACCCGCACCGCACAAAAACGACACUGCUUCGAGAAUUCGCCAGCAUCCCAUUAGCGCCAAAGUGGGAUUAGAGCCGAAGGGCACUGGCCCCAAGGACCAUGGUAAGGUGGUGGUGCCCUUGACAACGUCCAAGUCGGAAAAUGGAGCCCGGCCUACGCAAUCCCCACGUCCCGAUAAAAUGCGUGUCGUACCAAUUCGCACGCAAUUCCAGACGGGCAACGGGUUUGGCCCGCGGAGCAAACCACGGAAUCCUGACGAGAUGGAUCUCGACAAUAUGCCGAGCCCUAGGACCGCCAUGCCGCCCCCCGCCAACCGUAGGGCGGCGCCGCCACCUGGCGCUCGAGCUAUGCCCGCGGUGAGGACUCCGAAGGCUUUACCCAUCGGUGGUGGAAAGGUGCUGCCUGUCGGCUCGGCAGUUGUGUCUCCCAACAUUAAGCGUUCCACGCGACCUGUUCCCAAGGGAGUUACGCCGACCGGUGCCAAGGGUGCCUCACAGCCCAUGGCCGGUAAGAAUGUGCCUCCUGUCCGGCGUGGAAGUCUGUCGCCCAUCCACAAGGCAUCUAAGCCGCGAAAGCUAUGGCCCUUCGGCAAGGCAACUGCACCGGCCGAUUCUGGUAAGAAAUCACCUCGUGGCAUUCGCGGAAGUCCACCACCCGUCCACAAGGGCCCUGUACCAGCCUCGAUCAAGGGCCCAGUCCCGGCCGCUGGCAAGAGCACUGUGCCACCCGCUGCCAAGGGAACUACACCGACCGCUGGAAAGGGCACGAUAGCAAUCGCUGGCAAAGGCACGCUACCGCUCGCCGGCAGGGACACGGUGCCACCCGCUGGCAAGGAUACGGUAGCAACCGUCAGUAACGGCACCACGCCGGUUGUUGGCGAUGGCAUCACACCGACCGCUACCAAGGGUGUUGGACCGUCUGCCAGCAAGAAUGCUGAAUCAUCCAGCGGCGAUAAGAAUUCGUCUUCCGGGGGUAUUGGGAGACUUUGGCCCUUUGGCAAAGGUAAUACACCGCCUGCUGCUGUCAAAGAUGCCGCACAGUCCGUCGAUGGCAAGAGCGCCGCCCAAACCAUCGCCAGAAAGGGGACCACUCCACCAGUCACAGGUAAAGAGAGCGUACAGCCCGUUGUCGGUAAAGUAUCCACGCCGCCUGCUGUUGGUAACGGGGUGAGUCAGCCUGUCGCUGGGAAGGGAAUCACGCCACCCGUCGCUGGCAAAGGUAAGACAAAGCCGGCCGUCGAUAACAAAACAACGCCGCACGCAGCCGGGAGGGCGAUCACGGAGUCAGUCGCCGGUAAGGGAGCCGCGCCACCUGCCGCUAGUAAGGGCCUGAUGCAGCUCUUUGGCGGUAAGGGAGCAUCGCCGCCCGCCGCUGGCAAUGGUAGCGCACAGCCAGCCCCCGGUAAAGAAACAACGGCUCUUACUGCCGGUAAGGGAGGUGUACAAUCCGUCGCCGUGAAGGGAACCAUGCCCGCAGCUCGUAAAGGAAGCGCACAGCCAGUUGUCGCCAAGGGUCCAACGGGUCUUGCUGCCGGCAAGGGAGCCGCGCAGCCCGUUGGCGUCAAAGGAACCAUGCCCACCGCCGGUAAGAGGACUGCACUGCCCAUUGGCGUCAAAGAAAACACACCCGCGGCUGGUAAGGGGGCAGUACAGCCAGUUGCCGGCAAGGGGAAUACGCCCGCCCUCGCCAACAAAGGAGCUAUGCAGCCCGUCGGCGUCAAAGGAACCGCGCCCGCCGCUGUGAAGGGGACCGCACCUCCUAUCUCUGGCAAGGUAGCCACGCUCUCAGUCGCCGAUAAAGGAGCCUUGAAGACCGUUGCUGUCAAGGGAACCACGCCUGUCGUAGGCAAGGCGGUUGCACCGCCAGUAGUCGGUAAGAAUGCCACGGCCGCCGGCGGCAAGGGGACCACGCCUCCCACCGCCGGUAAGGGAAUAGGACAACUCGUCGGCAAAGGCACUACACCGGCCGUCGCAAAGGGGAAAGCGCCUUCUGUCCCAAGUGGAAGCCUGCCACCCAGCGGCAAUAAGGGCUGCGCAGCGCCAGUCGCUGGUAAAAACUUGGCUCCAGCAGUUCCAGCGGGCAGUGUCCGGGCCGCCGGUACCAAGUCGGGAGCAACCGCCGGGACACCCAAUGCCAAGCUCGUCGGACCUGGUCCGCACUCCGGUGCCCAGGCGAAAAAGUAG